AUGCCGCCGACGCCGCGAAAGCGGAAGGCGCCCCCGCCCGAGCCACGGCGGCGCCCGCCGUCCCACCUGGAGUUCCGCGCCCCAGUGGACGGCGCGUGGUACGAUGCGCGCGUGACUGUGCAGCGCAGCGCGCUGCGGGUCAUGUACGAGGGGUUCCUCGAGGAGCUGGACGAGUGGUACGACCCCGCAGCGCUCGCCGCCGCCUCCGCCUCCGCGCGCGACGUGGCCGCGCUCCGCGCCAGGUUCCAUGUGCGGUCCACGCCCCUGGAAGACACCCAGUGCCGCGAUCUCCGAGCCGGCGCGCUGCUCUGCGUCUCCUGCGCGCUCGACGGCGGGGACCUCAAGUUCUACGACGCCGUCCUCGAGUCCGUCUUGCCAGCGGCUCACGAGACCGUUGACGGCAAGGAGCGGUGCGCGUGCCGUUUCACGGUGCGGUGGUCGGAGGGACUGCGCGCCGGGAGCAGGGAGGAGGUCGGCGUUGAGCGGGUUUGCUGCGUGCAGUCCUCGCCGGUGCAAGACCCGGUGCUUCUCGAGUUCCUGGACGGCGAGACCAAGCUGCUCGGGAACGUCAACGAGGAAAUGGUGUCUCAGGAGAUCGGCGCCGUGCCGGCAGCCGAAGGCGGCGUCCCCGCAGGCGCGCCGCCCGGAUUUCACCGGAAAUUUGGGUCCACGAUGUAG